AUGAGUUAAGAAAAAUAUCAUGAUUUAUAAAGAGAAUAAAAAUUAUUUAAGAAUUAAAAAGAUAAGGAUAAUUAAAACGAGAAAGUUUGUAUUGUAUUCUCUAAAAGAUAAUAAGAAAAUAAAUAAAUAAAUAAAUUGGCUAAUAAAUAAUACUCAGAACAUAUUUUAUUAAUAAUAAUUAUUAUCACAAAAUUGAAUUCAUCUAUAUCACAAAAAGACUUUGUUUUUUUCAAAUUGAAUAAAAAGUUGAUAAAACAUUUCAAGAUUAGAACAUUUUAAAGGGAAGCAAAAAUACAUAUUAAUUAUUCUAUUAAAGUAAAUAAAUCAGCUAAUUCCUCUCUCUGA